AUGGUAAUCUCGAUAUGGCUGACUUCGACUCCGUUUGCAUCAACGACUAGCGCUAGCACAAGCCUCCCUCUUAUCAUCAAGAGUCGCCACCCAUCGCUCACCCCUCUCUGCUACCACCUCCGUCUGGGCUUCACGCCGGCGGUUGAUUCCGAUGCCAAGUUUCGCCACUGCCUUUGUCUCUCUAGCGAACAGCCGCUUCUUCUUGAACUUCCAGUUGACUCUGCAACUCUUCAUUCGCGAACCUCGAAUUGGAGUUUCUGGCUCUCGGAAAUUCACUGUGAGGUUCUCUCCAAUUUUAGAUCUGAUUCAUACUCCUCAGCGCGUAACACGACCACUUCGACCGAGCUCAUUGUGGCCUUCGAAGCUGCGACAUCAGUAGGUGUCGGCAUUGGUGACGUUGUGCUCCUAAUGGCAGCCGUUGUUGGUGAUGAUUGCGAUGCCAUUUUAGCCGAAGAAAAGGCCUUGUUAUUGGUGAUUUGCUGCUCGGCGGUGAUGAUGUUUGGGAUGGCAGCCGUAUGA